AUGGCUACUAGAGCAGUCAUUGUGGACGCAAAUGGUACAAUCAAAAGCACUGGCUCGAAAAUGGCAUCGGCGUAUGCAGCAUACGCUACGCAAGUGUUGAAUGCAUUAGAGACGCUUCUUGAGACGACAGGAAUCAAGAUCGAGCCUGCAGUAAACUUUGUUUCUUGUGGUGAAGGUUUAAACGAACAUUUUGUCCCGAAAGCGUCAUUGGAGACGCAUUUGCGGAAAUGCCAUGGAAUUCGACAAGCUCAAGUUGUCAAUAACACAGCUUUUUAUUAUGGCAGCCGCAGAAGUAGUAGCACAUCUAGUUGUCAAGAUGCCGAAAUUAUUGAUAGUAAGCUGAUAAACGGGAUGGAGGAUACACACAAUGGGUGCAAUGCUGAGAUUCAAAGCUUGGUGGAGCCUCAGGAGGAUAAACAAGAUGUGAAUGAAGAGAAUGGAGUGAUCGCGGCGAUUGGACGCACUGAGACUUCUGCACGAGAAUUCUAUCAACAAGUGCAAGCGUGGAAGCGGAUUCCGCGAGUUUUUGCAACGAUGAAAGACACUGAACGAGAGCUGGUUGCAGAAGCUUCGUUACGGCGAUGGUUGACCACCGAAUUACAUCGUUCUGGGAUACGCAAUAGUGACGAACUCGACGAUGAAUUGGUGGAUUAUAUCGUGGGUCUGCUGAAUCACCCGGACUUUUGUCAGCCUGAUGUGCUCAUACUGGAACUGCAUGAAUUUCUUGGCAAGUGCGUCGUCGAUAUCGUGCUUGCUCUUUGGAAAUUCAUGAUUGUUGAGAUUGGACUGCAGAGUGUAUUUAAAUCGAACAAAGCUGAAUUGAGAAACGAGACACAAGUCGCAACUUCAGCCGCGAGUUGUGUGCCCACAGCUUCGCCAUCACGGAUUCGAUUGCAACCAACAGAUACAGUUACAACAGUUGAUUACAAAAGACGUCGUGCUUCUUAUAGAAAGAAAGUAGGAACCAAGACCGGUCCUGCAGCAUACCGUGAAUUGAUUGAAAAACACAUGAUUGAACUCAGUCAAGAAACAGGUCGUGAACUUGUGCAUGCUGGUGGAUUCAGUACGGAAGUUAGAGGUGGUGAUGCCCGUAGCGAAUUCCAAGCGGGUUGCCGUAGAAAGGUGGAUUGGUGGAACUUCACAGACGCACUUCAAAAUAAGCCACCGGGAGAUUGUUCAACAAUGGGCGCACUCAUUUUUGGUGGUGGUGAUAACCAACAGUCUUACCUUGAUGAACGAAAAUCCCGUCGAUUUCAACCUGAAACUCCUGGCCAAAGCCUCAAGACCGCUAAUCUUGGAGCGGCGGAGUUAUCGUAUUAUGCCAAACCAUCAGCUGCCCAAGAGCUGCGUGAUCAUUUAGCCGUUGCACCUGGUUCGGUUUCGCGAGAAAAGUUGCAAGAGACCACGACGCUGACCAAUGUUCGACGCGACAAUUAUUCUGGUAGCAGAUCUGACUACUUUGCGAACGGGAUGGAUGGCUCCGAAGGUGAUAACAAUAGCAAUCAAUCGCGACGUACUCGUCGCAUGUUUCAAGCAUCAUCUGGAGGCUCUUCUUUUAAAUUGGGCUAA